AAAUUUGAAGGACAUGCGAAUGAUGUGUGUGUGGAAGAACUACUGGAAGACAUUCCUUUCAGAAGUCCCUCAUGAUAGGGAAUCCCAGGGCUGGAAAACAUCAUUCAAGUGGGCAAUCAAAUUACAUUUGUUAUUAAAAGCCACCCUGAGUGAAUCCCAGCACUGCCCUACAUAAAAUAUAUCCUUAAUGAUAUUUCCUAUUUGAUGUCUGACUCCCCCUCCUCCUUCACUAAAAGAGGGAAAUGUGUCAUGUACCAGCUAUUCAUCCAAUGACUGCUCCUCAGUUCCAAAUGCACUGUUGACUGCCUGCUCUGCAAACGUAGAGAUGGGACCAUCUAGUUGCAGGAAAACAAACAAGUUCAGGACUCCCACUGAUUGUACAUUAUGGGUUGAUAUUAUUGAAAAUCAAACUCAAACUUAAAUGUGUGAAUUGCUGAAUUACAGUGACAGUUGAAUUCACUGCAUCACCAAGGUUCUCAUGAGAACCUGGGGGCACUAAUAGGUGAAGAAUGGGAUUCUUUUUCUUUUUGAGACCGUCUCCCUGUGUUGCCCAGGCUGGAGCACAGCGAUGUGAUCUUGGCUCACUGCAGUCUCAACCUCCCGGGCUUAAGCUAGCCUCCUGCCUCAGCCUCUGGGGUAGCUGAGGUAUGACCACAGCCUCAGCCGAGGUGUCUCACCCCAUUCUCUAUGAUGCGACAAGAAGCCCCUUGGGAGCAUUUCAGGCCCACUCUGUACUUCUGUCAUUGUGCUCCUCACAGUCUGGUUGCCUGAUCUGCUGAGACCUGUGUUUGCUCUCCCUGAAGAUGGAAGCACCUAAGCUGAAGAGUCCCUUGAGAACAAGUACUAUCCUGUGGUUUCAUAAACUUUCUUCCAUUUGUGGUUCUUGACAAGUUAAAUUUAAAGUGCAUCUUAUCAAGAUGGAUAAACCCAAGUUUUCCAGAGCUGGAAUAUAGAAAAUGGAUGGACAUAUAAGUCCCACUCACCCAUAGCCAAGGCAUGGAGACCUGAACACACCUGGGCCCUAGACAUCACCUUUCAUUCUGGAUCUACCAUGAAAGACAUCAGAGUUCAGGAGGAGACUGGGCAUCAUGUUAUUCAGUAGAGACGGGGUUUCACCAUGUUGACCAGGAUGGUCUCGAUCUCCUGACCUCGUGAUCCAACUGCCUCAGGUCAAGCUCUUCAGGCCCGCCUUGAGCCUUCCGAUGACCUGGACAGGCCCAGCUCUUUCCUCCCAGUGGCCUCUGCAGGCCUAGCUUUUGCCUCACAGUGUCUCCAGGCCCAGAACUUCCUUUUGAUGUCCAGCUCUUCCUCCCAGUUGCAUCUCCAGGACCAACUCCUGCCUGACACCCUCCUUUGGAUCAGCUCCUACACAGCUCUUGGUGGCCUUUGUAGGCCAAAAACUUUCUCAACUCAAGUUCCCCAGCAGAAACUUCUGAGGAACAAUGGCUUAAACAGGCAUAGCUACUGGAUGACAAUAGACUCUCCAGGACCAACUCUUACCUCAUGAAGGUUUCCCUGGCAAAGCUCUUGCCGGCCUCCCAGCAGCCUUGAGAGGCCCAGCUGCUGCCUGACACUGACUUCAUUAGGCCAAGCUCCUACCCACUAGGUGUUCUCUCCAGGCUCAAAACUUCCUCAUGUGGGCCCCUUCUGGGCCAGCUCCUGCCUCCCAAUGGCCCCCUUGGACCCCGUCGGCCUCCCCAGGAGACCCAGCCUCUGAUCACUCCUGGCGGCAUCCUCAGGCUUGGCUCCUACUCCUGGCCAUGUCUACAGGCCCAUGUCCUGCCUCCCGACAGCCUCUUUUGACUCGGCUCCUGACCAGCUCCCGGUGGCCUGGACAGGCCGAGCUACCACCUGACAAUAUCCUCUCCGGGGCCAGAUCUGGCAUCCCUGCAGCCUCCUUAUGACGAGCUGCUACCUGCCAACGGCUUCCCCAGGCCAAGAUCCUGACUGCCUUCCUGCCUUCCUGCCUGCAUCCUGCCUCCACAGGCCCACUACCUCCCUCACAGUGGCCAUUGGGGCCCAGCCCGUGCCUGUGGCAAACCUCUCCGGACCCAGCUCUCACCUCACGCUGGCCUCGGUCUAGGCCCAGGUCCUCCCUCGCAGCGGCCUUCCUCAGCCCAGCUCACCUAUCAUCGUCUCUCCCAGGCCAGCUCCUGACUCUUGGCGGCCUGUCCAGGCCCGAAGGUUCCUCUCCAGGCCCGGCCCCCAUAGGCCCGGCAUCUGCCUGCACCAGGCCCCUCCGGGCCCAGACUCCACCUUUCAGUGGACCCUCCAGGCCCAGCUCAUGGCAUCACCGUGGCCUCUGCUCAGGCUCAGCUCCUGCCUCUGUGACAGCCUGUAUCCACAGGCCCCGCCCCCAGCCUCCCCAUGGCCCCAUCGGGUCAAGCCGGUGCAUCCCGGUGGUCCUCCUGGGGCCAGCAUUGGCCUGCUGACUUCCUCUCUGGGCCCAGGACGUCUUCAGGUAGGCGCCUCAGGGCCCAGCUCCACCUCUCGGCGGCUAUGGGCCCAACUUCCAAAUUUGCCUCGCAACAACCUCUGUGGACUCGACUCCUGUCCAGCUCCUGACAGCCUUUGUAGGCCCGAAAGCUCAGACUUGACUCAGGCUCUCCAGGCCCAGCUGGCUCAUGCCUCACGAGUGGCCUCCCCAGGCUCGGCUCGUGCCCUCCGAGGGCAUCUCUAGGCCCCAGACGUUCCCGAGUCGGCUUCUGCAGGCCUGGCUGCUGCUGCCUCCUCCCCCUGGCCUCGGAAGGCACAAGCAUUGGGUCCUGAAGUCGGCCUCUCCAGGCCCAGCUCCUACUCUCCUGGCGUCUCCUUCCCAUUGGUGGCAAACAUCCUCACAUGGGUGCCUCCAGGGCCAGCUGCUGCCUCCCAACGGCCCCCUGGGGCCCAGCUUCUGUCUCCCCUCAGCCUCUCCGGGAGGUCCAGCCUAUGUCUUCCUCCUGGCGGCCUCCCCAGGCCCGGAUCCUCCUCCUGGCCUCGUCUACUGGACCACAUCCUGCCUCCCGAUAGCUGCUUUUCGCUCGGCUCCUGAUCAGCUUCCAGUGGCCUUUCUUCUGUAGGCCCGAAGCUUUCUCAAGUGGGGCUUUCCCGGCCUCCGUUCUGCCUCCUGGUGGCCUUGACAGGCCCUGCUACCACCUGACAUUGGCCCCUCUGGGCCCAGCUCUGGACUCUCCGCAGCCUCCCCAGCACCAGCUGCUGCCUGCUGGUGGCUUCCCCAGACCAAGAUCGUGCCUGCCUGCAUUCUGGCUGCAUCCACAGGCCCAGCACCUCCCUCACAGUGGCCCAUUGGGGCCCAGCUCGUGCCUGUGGCAAACCUCUUUGGACCCAGCUCUUGCCUCACUCUUGGCUUGAGUCUAGGCCCAGGCGCUCCCUCGCAGGGGUCUUCCUCAGCCCAGCUCGUCUAUCAUGGACUCUUUGAGGCCAGCUCCUGCCUCCCGGCUUCCCCAGGCCCAGCUCCUGCCUGCGCCAGGCCCAUACUGGGCCCAGCCUCUGCCUUUCAGUGGACCCUCUGUGGCUUGGCUCCUCCCCAGCUCCUGGAGGCCUUUGUAGGCCCAAAAGCUCAGGCCCUCGACUCAGGCUCUCCAGGACUACCCAGCUCAUGCCUCACACUGGCCUCUCCAGGCUCAGCUUCUGCCCACCCAGUGUUCCUAUAGGCCCCAGAUGUCCCAGAGUCGGCUUCUCCAGGCCCGGUUUCGGACUCCUCCUAUUGGCUUCUGCAGGCCCAAGCAUUGGGUUCUCAAUUCGGCCUCUGCAGGCCCAGCUCCAGUUCUCCUGGUGUCUCCUCCCCAUGGGUGCAAACGUCGUCAUGUGGGUUCUUCUAGGGCCAGCUCAUGCCUCCCAAAGGCCCCCUGGGCUUAGCUCCUGCCUCCCAUCAGCCUCUCCUGAAGGCCCAGCAUCUGCCUCUGUACUGGUGGCCUCUCAAGGCCUGGAUCCUCCUCCUGGCCACGUCUACGGGCCUAAGUUUUGCCCCCGGCAGCCUCUUUUUUUUUUUUUUUUUUUUUUAAGAGAUGGAGUUUUGCUCUUGUUUCCCAGGCGCAGGUACAAUGACGUGAUCUCAGCUCACCUCAACCUCCGCCUUUUGGGUUUAGGCAAUUCUCCUUCCUCAGCCUCCUGAGUAGCUGGAGUUACAGGCACACGCCACCAUACCCAGCUAAUUUCUUUUUCUUUUUGUUUUGAGACAGUUUCACUCUUGUUACCCAGGCUGGAGUAGAAUGGUGCGAUCUUGGCUCACCGCAACCUCUGCCUCCUGGGUUCAGGCAAUUCUCCUGCCUCGGCCUCCUGAGUCGCUGGGAUUACAGGCACACGCCACCGUGCCCAGCUAAUUUUAUUAUUAUUUUUUUUGAGAUGGAGUUUUGCUCUUGUUGCCCAGGCUGGAGUGCAAUGGCACGAUCUCGGCUCACAGCAACCUCUGCCACCUGGGUUCAGGCAGUUCUUUUGCCUCAGCCUGCUGAGUAACUGUGAUUACAGGUACGCACCACCAUGGCCAACUAAUUGUUUUUUUGUUUUUGAGACGGAGUUUUGCUCUUGUUUCCCAGGCUGGAGUGCAAUGGCAUGAUCUCAGCUCACUGCAACCUCUCCCUCCUGGGUUCAGGCAAUUCUCCUGCCUCAGCCUGCUGAGUAGCUGGGAUGACAGGCACAAACCACCAUGCCCAGCUAAUUUUUUGUAUUUUUAGUAGAGACGGGGUUUCACCAUGUUGACCAGGAUGGUCUCGAUCUCCUUGACCUCGUGAUGCACCUGCCUUGGCCUCCCAACGUGUUGGGAUUACAGGCGUGAGCUACUGUGCCUGGUCCCCAGCAGCGUCUUUUGGCUUGGCUCCUGGCCAGCACCCGGAGUCGUUUUGUCUGUCGGCCCAAAGCUUCCUCAGUGUCCCUUCUGUUGAGGCCACCGGGAGGCAGAAGGGACGCCCAGAAGGCCCCACCUGAGGAAGCUUUGGGCCGACAGACGAAAGGCCUCUGGGAGCUGGCCAGUAGUCAAGCCGAAAGAGGCUGCCAGGGGCAAAACUUGGACCUGUAGACGUGGCCAGGAGGAGGUGCCAGGCCUGGUGUGGCUGCCAGUAGGGAGGCAGAGGCUGGGGCUCCUGGAGAGGCCACCUGAUGGGAAUCAGGACCUGGGUUCCAGGGGCCACUGGGAUGCCAGAGCUGGCCCCGGAGGGGGCCAUGUGAUGAUGUAUUGUGCCCACGUUGGGGGGUGCCGCCGGGAGGGCAGGAGCUGGACCUGCAGACGUGGACGUCAUGACCCGGUGCUUGGGUCUCCCGAGGCCAGCAGGAGGACAAAGCAGGACUGGGCCUCAGGGCUGAGCUCUGGAGUCCCCCCAGCCUCCCCAGCCGUUGGGGGGUGCCGCCGGAAGGGCAGGAGCUGGACCUGCAGAUGCGGACGUCAUGACCUGGUGCUUGGGCCUCCCAAGGCCUGGCUUUUGCCUGUGCUAGGCCCCUCCGGGCCCAGCCUCUGCCUCUCAGUGGACCCUCCAGACCCAGCUUGUGGCCUCAUCAUGGCCUCUCCUCAGCCCAGCUCCUGUCUCUGUGGCAGCCUGUCUUCACAGGCCCAGCUUGUAGCCUCCCAGUGGCCCCAGGCGACCCUUCCAUGCCCAGCGUUGGCCUUCUGGCAUCCUCUCCUUGUCCAGAGUGUCUUCAGGUCAGCCUCUUGGGGCCCAGCCCCUCCUUCUGGUGGCUUCUAAGGGCCAACCUUCCAUUCUCGCCUUGCAGCAACCUUUGUGGACUGGGCUCCUCCCCAGCUCCCAGAGGCCUUUGUAGGCCCGAAAGCUCAGGCCCGUGACUCAGGCUCUCAAGACUACCCAGCUCAUGCCUCACGCUGGCCUCUCCAGGCUCAGUUUCUGCCCAGCCAGGGUUCCUACAGGUUCCAGAUUUCCCAGAGUCGGCUUCUCCAGGCCCGGGUCCGGACUCCUCCUAUUGGCUUCUGCAGGCCCAAGCAUUGGGUUCUCAAUUCGGCCUCUCCAGGCCCAGCUCCAGUUCUCCUGGCAUCUCCUCCCCAUGGGUGCAAAACAUUGUCACAUGGGCCCUUCUAGGGCCAGCUCAUGCUUCCCAAAGGCUCCCUGGGCUUAGCUCCUGCCUCCCAUCAGCCUCUCCUGGAGCCCCGUCCUCUGCCUCCAUACUGGCGGCCUCUCCAGGCCUGGAUCCUCCUCUUGGCCAUGUCUACGGGCCCAAGUUUUGCCCCUGGCAGCCUCUUUUUUUUUUUUUUUGAGAUGGAGUUUUUCUCUUGUUACCCAGGCGUGAGUGCAAUGACCUGAUCUGGGCUCACCUCAACCUUUGCCUCUUGGGUUCAGGCAGUUCUACUGCCUCAGCCUCCUGAGUAGCUGGGAUUACAGGCAUGCACCACCAUGCCCAGCUAAUUUUUUGUAUUUUUUUUUUUUUUUUUGAGACCUAUUUUCGCUCUUGUUACCCAGGCUGGAGUAGCAUGGUGUGAUCUCGGCUCACCACAACCUCCGCCUUUUGGGUUCAGGCAAUUCUCCUUCCUCAGCUCCUGAGUAGCUGGGAUUUCAUGCACCCGCCACCGUGCCCAGCUAAUUUUUUUUUGGUUUUUUUUGAGAUGGAGUUUUGCUCUUGUUGCCCAGGCUGGAGUGCAAUGGCAUGAUCUCGGUUCACCACAAUGUUUGCCUCCUGGGUUCAGGCAAUUCUCCUGCCUCAGCCUCCUCAGUAGCUGGGAUUACAGGCAUGCACCACCAUGCCCAGCUAAUUUUUUGUUUUUUUUGUUUUUUUUUUGAGACCUAUUUUCACUCUUGUUACCCAGGCUGAAGUAGAAUGGCGUGAUCUCGGCUCACCACAACCUCCACCUUUUGGGUUCAGGCAAUUCUUCCUCAGCCUCCUGAGUAGCUGGGAUUACAGGCACGCACCACCAUGCUCAGCUAAUUUUUUUAUUUUUAUUUUUGAGUUGGAGUUUUGCUCUUGUUGCCCAGGCUGGAGUGCAAUGGCAUGAUCUCGGUUCACCGCAAUGUCCGCCUCCUGGGUUCAGGCAAUUCUCCUGCCUCAGCCUCCUGAGCAGCUGGGAUUACAGGCACACGCCACCAUGCCCAGCUAAUUUUUUGUAUUUUUAGUAGAGACGGGGCUUCACCAUGUUGACCAGGAUGGUCUCGAUCUCCUGACCUCGUGAUCCACCUGUCUCGGCCUCCCAAAGUGCUGGGAUUACAGGCGUGAGCCACUGCACCUGGUCCCCAGCAGCGUCUUUUGGCUCGGCUCCUGGCCAUCUCCUGGAGGCCUUUCAUCUGUCGGCCCAAAGCUUCCUCAGGUGGCACCUUUCGGGAAUCCCUUCUGCCUCCCGGUGGCCUCAACAGAAGGGACACCUAGAAGGCCCCACCUGAGGAAGCUUCGGGUCGACAGACGAAAGGCCAAGCCAAAAGAGGCUGCCUGGUGCAAAACUUGGGCCGGCUGAUGUGGCCAGGAGAAGGUUCAGGCCUCGUGAGGCUGCCAGUAGGGAGGCACAGGCUGGGCCUCCUGGAGUGACUGCCUGAUGGGAACAGGACCUGGGCCCCAUGGGGCCACUGGGAUGCAGGACCUAGCCCCGGAGGGGACCACGUGAUGAUGUAUUGUGCCCAUGUUGGGGGGUGCCGCCGGGAGGGCAGGAGCUGGACCUGCAGACGCGGACUUCAUGACCCAAUGCUUGGGCUUCCCGAGGCCAGCAGGAGGACAAAGCAGGACUGGGCCUCAGGGCCGAGCUCUGGAGUCCCCGCAGCCUCCCCAGCCCCAGCUGCUGCCUGCUGGCUGCUUCUGCAGGCCAAGGUCUUGCCUACCUGCAUCCUGGCUGCAUCCACAGGCCCAGCACCUCCCUCACACUGGCCAGUUGAGGCUCAAUUCAGCCUGAAGCUUUCUCAAGUGGGGUUUCUGCCUCCGUUUUGCCUACCAGUGGCCUUGACAGGCCCUGCUACCAUCUGAUGUUGGCCCCUCCGGACCCAGCUCUGGAUUCUCUGCAGCCUCCCCAGCACCAGCUGCUGCUUGCUGAUGGCUUCCCCACACCAAGAUCCUGCCUGCCUGCCUGCCUGCCUGCCUGCCUGCAUUCUGGCUGCAUCCACAGGCCCAGCGUUCCCCUCACAGUGGCUCAUUGGAGCCCAGUGCUUUCCUUACAGUGGCUCAUUGGAGCCCAGCGCUUUCCUCACAGUGGCUCAUUGGAGCCCAGUGCUUUCCUUACAGUGGCUCAUUGGAGCCCAGCGCUUUCCUCACAGUGGCUCAUUGGAGCCCAGCGCUUCCCUCACAGUGGCCCAUUGGGGCCCAGCUCGUGCCUGUGGCAAACCUCUCCGGACCCAGCUCUCGCCUCACUCUUGCCUUGAGUCUAGGCUCAGGCGCUCCCUCGCAGGGGUCUUCCUCAGCCCAGCUCGCCUAUCACAGACUCUCCCGGGCCAGCUCCUGCCUCCCAGUGGCCUGUCCAGGUCCAAAGCUUCCUCUCUGGGCCUGGCCUCCCCAGGCCCAGCUUCUGCCCGUGCCAGGCCCAUACCGGGCCCAGCCUCCGCCUUUCAGUGGACCCUCCAGGCCCAGCUUGUGGAAUCACCGUGGCCUCUGCUCAGGCCCAGCUCCUGCCUCUGUGGCAGCCUGUAUCCACAGGCCCUGCCCCCAGUCUCUCUGUGGCCUCAUGGGGCCAAGCUGAUGCCUCCCGGUGGCCCUCCCGGGCCCAACAUUGGCCUGCUGGCCUCCUCUCUGGGCCCAGAAUGUCUUCAGCUGCGGCAUGAAGCUGAACUUGGACUACCUGCUGGAGAUGCUUUGGGAGUACUUGGCCCUGACCUGCAUCUACACCAGGAAGAGAGGACAAUCAUGAGGUGGCAGUGUGGGUCCUCGUGUGUGGUUGACGCUCUCCCCAUCUCGCCCUGCAGAGAGGCCGGACUUCACAGACGCCAUCAUUCUCCGGAAAGGGGCCUCAGUGGAGCACGUGACCUAGGCUUGAGAUCACAGCAGGAGGAGCCAAGAAGGCUCACGAUCACCCUCCUGAAUCCCUUCAGACACUCACAAGUGGCAAGUGCUCCUGCAUCCACCGGUCACUCGCCAGCCAGUUCUAGUAUGCCCUGGUGUGGACAGGGUCUGGCUCUGUCUCCCAGGCUGGAGUGCAGUGGCACAAUCGCAGCUCACUGCAGCCUUGACAUCCUGUGCUCAAGCAAUCCUCCCACCUCAGCGUCACAAGUAGCUGGGAGUAUAGGCGCACACCAGCAUGCUUGGCUGAUUUUUUAUGGAGAUGGGAUCUUGCUAUCUGGCCCAGACUGGUCUGGAACUCCUGAGCUCAAGUGAUCCUUGAGCUUAAAUGAGGCCUCCAAAAGUGCUGGGAUUACAGGCAUUAGCCACUGUGCCUGGCCCUCCCCCACCUUUGAGGUCAGGGAUGGUCAGACCACUGCAGACAUCCUGCUGCCUGGGGCCCCGACCUUACGCCGGCAUUCACCCCCAGGACACACACCCCGGGGAUAUCUUUCUUGGCCUUGCCCUUGGCCAGUCCAGGCUGAGGUGACCCCUCUGCCCCCAUUCCUCACCCAGGGCACCAGCACCAAGUACAGUCUGCAGCGGGUGGGUCUGACCCACACCAUGGAGCAUGAGGAGGUCAUCCAGAUCGUGAAGAAGUAAUGGCGCCUGCCAGGCCUCCCGCCCACCUGCCUCAUCUCCCUGGGGGCGUCGGUCCUACUGGGACACACAAACACCCAAACAAAAAUACAAAUACACACACUUCUCUGACACUCGGGGUGGGGACCCUUCCAGGAAGAAACCCCCUUGGGUCCUCCACUCAAGGCUCUCCAGGAUUGGAAGCAGAGGUUAGUGGCUUCAAAGGCCCAGCUGACACCCUCCACAGCCUAAGGGGUGUCCUAAAGUGCCUCCCUCUUUCUGACCCUCCCAGGGAAGCUCCUGCCCAGCACAAAACCCCCAGACCCUGGCUCUACACACCUGGGCCAGGGACUUUUGAGUUUAGAAUCUGUUUUCUAAGUCCCUAGUUCUCCUGGCUCUCCUUUCUGAAAUAAAGGAUUGAAAACCA